AGAAGAAGAAGAAGAAGAAGAAGAAGAAGAAGAAGCAGAAGCAGAAGCAGAAGCAGCGGUUUAGUUUAUUGGGGUUCGCCGAUGGUGCUCAAGAAGGAGACGAGAGUCAUAAGGACGUCCUAGCAUAGAAACCAAAAAAGCUCUUCGCACGGGACGUUGAGGUCGAAGUUCGUGGCGCGUCAGCGGGCAUGGCGGGCGAGCGGCGCAAGGGCAACCUGCUGGUCCAGAUCGGCCCGCGGCUCCAAGCGUAUCCCGAGGAGCUGAUCCGCCAACGCCGCACCCACGACGGCCAGACCGAGUAUCUGAUUCGCUGGUGCCUCUCUGACGUCGGUGACUGCCGCGCCUCUGUGGCCGGCGACUCCGGAGGGACCGGAUGCGGUACCGUGUCGGGCGGCUCCUCUUCUGCGGACGUGAAAGCCAAAAACGUCCUGAUGUGGAUGACGACGGAGGACGUGUACGCCAACUGCCCCGCCCUGCUGGGCAAGAGGAAAGCCGACUCUCAGCGGCCACAGGAGCGGCAAAGCGGCGAAGCGGAGGCGACCUUCGAUGAGGUGGAGCUGCUGGACAUGGAGGAGGACGUGAAGAACCUGGUGCGCCGCGCCAGGAAGCAGAUGGCCAAGAAGAGCGACCUGUCUGUCAGCAUCACGCACACCAUCCACGUGCUGAGCGCCUACGCUGGCAUUGGCUCGCUGGUGGGCGUCUUCAAGGAGACUGGCGCGCUCAACCUGCUCAUGGAGCUGCUGUGCAGCAAGGAGACGCAGACCCGACGCAGCGCCAGCAAGAUGCUCAGAGCGCUGGCGUCGCACGAUGCAGGGAGUCGAGCGCACGUGCUGCUGUCGCUCAGCCAGCAGGACGGCAUCGAGCAGCACAUGGAUUUCGACAACCGUUACACGCUGCUGGAGUUGUUUGCCGAGACGACAUCCUCGGAGGAGCACGGCAUCUCCUUCGAAGGCGUCCACCUGCCUCAGAUUCCCGGGAAGCUGCUGUUCUCGCUGGUCAAGCGUUACUUGUGCGCGACGUCGCUGAUGGACAAACUCAACACGGUGGGUGCGGACGCCGCCUCUGACAGACAAGAAGCCGGAACCGCCCCCGGCCCCUCCCCGUCCUGCUUGGGGACUGCUCAGCUGCGUCUGCGGUGCGAGUUUGAUUUGGCCAUGGCUAUGGCCAACCUGAUCUCAGAGCUGGUGCGCGUCAUGGGCUGGGACCGCAAGCUCCCACGCGGCGCCGCCCGGGCGCCCGGCGGAGGCGCCGAUCAGGAGGACGUAGCGGCGCCCGCUAUCAAAUCUAUCUUUCAGCCUCGCUUCAGCUCCUCUCCCGUCGCCCGCGCCGUCAGCCCCCCCGCCGCCCCCAAGAAAAGGGCGGGGAAUGGCUACAAAACGCGCAGCGACUUCGCCAGUCGCUCGGCCUACGUGGAGUACGUGCAGGACCACUUAAAGAGCGGCAUGGCCGUCCGCAUGCUGGAGGACUACGAGGAAGUCAGCGCCGGAGAUGAAGGAGAAUUCCGAUACAGCAACGACGGUUCUCCGCCAGUUCAGGUGUACUGGAACGCUCUGUGCAGAACUUACUGGGUCCACUGGCACAUGCUUGAGAUCGUCGUGGGUGGCGGCGCCGCCAACGGGCCGGACGACAAGGAUGCCCUGGACAAGGCCUCGUCCCUCACGCGGACCAUCAAACUAGCGGCGGCCAGCCAGAGCAUCUUCUCCAAGCCCGCGGGCGGCCUCUACUCUCUGCCCUACUUGUCCGAGCGUCCCCGGGCGGCUGAGGCCGAAGCUCGGGCGGUGCUGACUCGUGCCGAGUGGUGGGAGGUCCUCUUCUUCAUCAAGAAGCUGGAAGCCAAAGAGCAGCGGGAGGUCACCCGCCUUCUGAUGUGCAGCCUCGACCAGCAGGAGGCAGAAAUGGACGACUCUGCACUGGUUGGCCUGGCGGUGGCGGUGGACGUGGCCAAGAAGCUCGUUCACUUCCUGAAGCAACAUCUGCCGCCUUCCUGCCUCGGCGCGCGGCUCUGCUCGCACGCCUUCGCCAGACACUACUUGAGGUCCGGGGGGGGCGAGGACGACCGAGAACCGCCGGGUGAAGACGACUCUUCUUGCUCCUGGACUUCCUCCGGGAUGGCCUCCGUCUCCAAGAGAGCCAAGAAGGAACUUCCCGCUGACUCGUCCUGCGCCGGCCCCGACGUGGAGAGCGAACUUCCCCAGGAGGAUUUCAGCAAAUAUCCCGAUGGGCUAGAAGAGAAGAUGAAGGUCUUCAGCAGUCCUCGUGUCUUGGGCAAGAAGACGCUGCUGGAGAAGAUCGGGGAGGUGGUGGACAUUCUCAGGAAAGGAGGCUUCAGGUGGGACAUGGUCCAGAACCUGGCUGGUGUCAUCUUCAUCACAAGGCUGCUGGAGGACAAGUCCACGCAGGAGAAGAACUCCAUGAAGACAGACUCUGUCCAGAGUGUCCAGGACAAAGUUGUGAAGCUGCUGGUGGAGCUGCUUGACUCUUCGUGCAGAAACGUCGUGACGUGCACGCUGAAGCUGACGCACAUGCUCAUGCUCAGAUACGAGUGGAGGGUUUCGUUUGCCACCGAGGGUGGCGUCAAAGCCAUCCUGACGUGUAUGCGGGAGAUGGCCGGCGUAUCACAUGUGCAGCAGCUUGCGCUAGCGAUCCUGAAGGUCCUGAUAGGAGCCACUAAAUACGAGCUGUGCGGCACGGCCAGUGUUCCCGCCCUUUCCGAGUCGGGCACCCAGAUGAUGCUGGAGAUCUUCGACAGCAUCGGCUCGGCCACGCCUGAAGGCUCCAAAGGCCUGCUGGACGCCGUCCCUGCCGCCCUCGACCUCAUGCUGAGGACCCAAGGCUGCGCGCCGGCCGUGCGCAACGGCAUGCUCGUCAUCGUGAUGCUGGUUUCCAACCAUAAGAGCUUGGCCUUGCAGUUGGCAUCCUGCGACAUCACGGCGGUCCUGGAGAAGUGUCUGGCGCUGUCCCAGAACGAGACCAUGCUGGCCAUCAUCGCCCUCAACCACAUCUUCAUGGUGCAGAAGCAGGAGAACAAAGAUCCUCCACAGCAGCUGGACCUAAAGGACACCCAGCUGCAGAAGUUGCUGAUGAGUCUGAAGGACAUGACAGCCACAGCCAAAGAAGUCAUCCAGACUCUGGAGCAGCUGCUGUGUGGGUCGGCGUCUCAGUUGGAGGGCCUGCGCAGCCAGGUCUCUCAAAGUCAGGACAUCUUUCAGGACCUCCUGCAUCCGAUGGAGCAACUGCGCACAGACCGGACCGUCCAGCUGUCCAUCGUUAGGAUCCUGAACAAGUUUUUGGACAGCUACCAGGAGGACGCCCUGCCCUGGCACGACAGCAUCAAACCCUGCCUGGCGUCCAUGACCGCAUUCAUCAGCGACAAAGAGGUUGUCCAGCAGUUAGUACUGUUCCUGUACCGCGUGAUGUGCGUGAACAAAGACUAUGCCGUGGUCAUGUGUCGCCUCGGCGCCAAAGAGGUUCUGAUCAAGGCUCAGGACAAACACGGCGCCGGCCUCAACACCGUCGCCGAGCUCCGAGACGUUGUGGCAGAUUGUGACAAAUAUGCCAGCCUCUACAACAACAUGACCACCAGCGUACUCGCUGGAUGCAUACAGAUGGUGUUGGGUCAGAUCGAGGAGCAUCGUCGGAGCCACGAGCCCAUCAACAUUCCCUUCUUUGACGUCUUCCUCAGGAAUCUCUGCCAAGGCUCCAGUGUGGAGCUGAAGGAGGAGAAGUGUUGGGAGAAGGUGGAGGUGUCAUCCAAUCACCAUCGAGCCAACAAACUAAGCGACAAGAACAGUAAAACUUACUGGGAGUCCAACGGACCCACCGGCUCGCACUUCAUCAACAUCUUCAUGCACAGAGGCGUCGUCAUCAGGCAGUUGGCCAUCCUGGUGUCCAGCGAGGACUCCAGCUACAUGCCGGCCCGGAUCCUGGUCCUGGGUGGAGAUGACCCAGGAAACAUUAGUACUGAACUGAACACGGUGAAUGUGACGACGUCGGCCAGUAGGGUGGUUCUGCUGGAAAACAUGAACAGGUUCUGGUCCAUCAUUCAGAUCCGCAUCAAGAGAUGCCAGCAGGGCGGGAUCGACACCAGGGUUCACGGUUUUGAGGUUCUGGGGCCCAAGAACACGUUCUGGCCCGUGUUCAAAGAACAGCUGUGCUGCCGGACCUUCUUGUUCUACAGUACCAAAGCGCACUCGUGGUGUCAGGAGGUGACGAACGAGCAGACGCGGCUGCUGCAGCUCUUCAACAAGCUGAACAGCGCCCUCAGACACGAGCAGAUGUUUGCCGAGCGUUUCCUGGCGGACGCCGAAGCCGCUGAAGCCUUGGGUCGAACCUGCUGGGAGGCGCUGGUCACGCCCAUUGUGUGCGCCAUCACCUCGUCAGAAUGUUCUGGAUCCUGCCCACUGUCCUGGCUGCUCAGCGAGUACUUGGACAAUUCUGACUCCGCCCACCACCGCCGCAAAGGCAGGGCGGCCGUCUUCAACUCCCGAGUGAGACGCCUGACGCACCUCCUGGUGCACGUGGACGCCGCCCCGGCGGACCCGGACCAGAUCAAACCUCUUGUCAAAUCUUAUGGCAAAGAAGCAAAGAACAAAGAUGGCACAGUAGCCUCUUUGGCAUCGUCUUCCUCAGUCAAGCCUACAGUGAAGAACAGCACCAUCGCAGACAUCGCCCUCUGUUGGCAGGCGGUGGUACAGCAGCAGGUGAGGAGCUUCCUGGAGGGGAGCUGCGAUCAUCCCGACUUUGUGGAGCGUUACCGCAGUCUGUACGUGAGGCUGAAGACCGCCACGGAGGAACUGUUUGGCCACCAGACGGCCUUUGUGCUUGCGCUGCGACACGGCUUCUCUGCUGCUUUACUGCAGCUCUCCAUCCUCAGAGCCAUGCACGUAAGCGAGCGCUUUGCGCAGUACGUGGACCAGAUGUUGCAGGUCAGCAGCUCGGCUUUUGGCAGUGUGGAAGCUCUGGAGAAGCUUCAGCUGUUUUUGGAGCCCAUGCUCUUCCUGUCGGGCUUAGAGCUGGCCAACACCUUCGAGCACUUUUACAGGUACUACCUGGCUGACCGGCUCCUGGCCCGCACCAACGUGUGGUUGGAAGCUUUCGUGGUGGAGCGGCUCGGCACCUGCUUCCCCAAUCGCUUCCCUCAGCAGAUGUUGAAGAACCUGAGCGAGUCGUCCGACCUGCGCCAGGACUUCCACCUGUACCGUCUGCAGCAGCUGGACCGCACGCUGCACAGCCGGCAGAUGGUCGAGGAGGAUGAGGACGAGGAGUCUCUGCAGUCAGAGACGGACAUCAGAGUCCUGCUUCUGUCUCCUCGCUGCUGGACAGUCUCAUCCCUCUGCUUCAUGGACGACCCCUCGCGGCACUUCCCGGCCCGGCUCUGCUCCUACCUGGUGCAGUUCGCACACUUCUACUGCCACGGUCAGUCGGUGUGCAGUGCGAGUGAGGCUAAGCCCCCCAGGGGUCUUCAGUGGACGUGGCUCGGUCACGCUGACGUGCGCUUUGGCUCUUUGACGCUUCAUGUGUCCACACUGCAGAUGUUCAUCCUGCUGCAAUUUAACACACAGGAGGAAGUAGGUGUGGCCUCUGUGCUGAAGGGGUGUGGCCUGUCAAAAGAGGUGGUGCGUCAUGCUCUGCAGCCUCUGAUUGAAGAUGAAAACGGACCGCUUGUCUGCAGCCAUCCGCAAGACCCCUGCCAAGGUGUGUUGCAGGUGAAGCAGCAUGUGGCGUGUGGCCCGUCCAGACACGUGGAACUUCAGCCGCGACAGACUUACUUGAAUGUGGACCAAGACGCCGCCGCAGCGCUGGAGACCAAGAGGAACUUCAUCUACUGCCUCAUCGUCAACAUCCUCAAGCAGGAGAAGGAGCUGCACAUUGACAACCUCGUCUUUAAGGUUCUCCGUUCGUGUCACAAACGGGAAGCGGUCCGGUCUCCCGGUUCCGCUCCCGGUCCAGGCGGGUUCAGCUGCAGCACGGGUGACGUUCUGUCCUGCAUCAUGCACGUGAUGAGCAAAGGAUGCGUACGCCGCAACCCGGAGCAGCCGCACAUGGUCCAGUUUCUGCCCGAUGACCCGACCACGCCGCAGAAGGGACACGCUCACCUGACCUUCAGUACCGCCCACAGCAACCACGGCAGCUCCCCGCCAGUCCCUGGCGUGUUUUUGGACGGCAUAGCGGUGGACUUUGAUCUGUUCUCGAGCGGCCGCAGCAUGACGCCGGAGGAAGUGUCUCAGCUGAUGCGAACCACCGUCCAACAGGUGGCGGCCACCCUGAGCGUGGACCCGGAUCGGGCUGAGCACCUUCUGGUCCACUGCGGCUGGAAUGUGGACCUUCUUGUGCGGCGCUACACGGACGACCCCGACGGCGUGGCGGCGGCCGCCGGACUCAAAUGGCAGAACCCCGGGCCGCCGCCCGGCCCCGAGUCUGCCUGUCCCGUGUGCCUGGUCCCCCGCGGCGGCGCCCCUGACCCGCCCUCGCUCAGCUGCACCCACUACUGCUGCAGGUCGUGCUGGCGCGAGUACCUCAGCGCUCGCAUCGAGCAGAACCUGGUGACCAACUGUAACUGCCCCAUACCUGACUGCCAGGCCCAGCCCACGUCGCGCUUCUUCCUCGACAUCGUCACCGACAAGGACACCGUCGCCAAGUACAAGAAGGCACGUCUGCGAGGCUUCGUGGAGUCGUGCUCCAACCUGACAUGGUGCACCAACCCUCAGGGCUGCGAUCAGAUCCUGUGCAAGGAGAACAUGGGCAGCAUGGGAACCUGCUCCAAGUGCUGCUGGUCCUCGUGCUUCAACUGCAACUUCCCGGAGGCGCACUACCCGGCCAGCUGCAGUCACAUGUCUCAGUGGAUGGACGACGGCGGCUUUUAUGAGGGGAUGAGCGUGGAGGCUCAGAGCAAACAUCUGGCCAAGCUCAUUUCGAAGCGCUGCCCCAGCUGCCAGGCGCAGAUCGAGAAGAACGAGGGCUGCCUCCAUAUGACCUGCGCCAAGUGUAACCACGGCUUCUGCUGGCGCUGCCUCAAAGCGUGGAAGCCCACCCACAAAGACUACUAUAACUGCUCCGCCAUGGUGAGUAAAGUGGCGCGACAAGAGAAGUUGUUUCAGGAUUUUAACGAGAGAUGCACCUUCCAGCACCAAGCCAAGGACUUUGCCGUCAGCCUGGAGAAGAAGGUGUCGUCGAUUAACGAAGCUCUGCAGAUGAAGUCUCUGACCUUCGUCGUCGACGCCUGCCAGAUUCUGGCGCAGGCUCGUAAGGUUUUGGCCUACUCGUGCGUGUACACGUUCUACAACCAGGACGGCGACAAGAUGGAUGUGAUGGAGCAGCAGACUGACGCUUUGGACCUGCACACCAACGCCCUGCAGAUCCUGCUUGAGGGGGCGCUACUGCAGUGCAGCGACCUGGCCUCCUGCGUCCGUCUGCUGAAAGCCGAACACCUCAACACGGGCCUGGAACUGAUGCGACGCAUCCAGGAACGCUUGCUCGCCAUCCUGCAGCAUUCCACGCAGGACUUCCGUGUGGGCUAUCGGUCCCAAGGCAUCCAGGAAGCAGAAAGCACACACGCCUCCGACUUGGCCGACCAUGACGACGCUAACGCCAAAGCCUCCAAGUCCGACUCCAGAGGCUCGGACAACAACAACCUCGCCGACGAGGACGAAGAGUACGACGAAGACUACGUGCCCGAGUGGCACGACGACGACGACGACGACGAAGAGAUCGACGAGGACGACUUCUUCUCUGACGACGACGACGGGAACCUGGAGCGGGACUUCAGCCCCUUCGAUUGACCAAAACCCGCGCAGUAAGAAUCGGGCCGCUCGGGUCGACCGCCGCCACGAACGGACCCGUGGCUAAGCUCGCCGCCGACACCCUCGACGGCUAGCGGCUGGCCCGGCGAAGUCCAAAUCUGGCUUGACACGGACCGGUCCCACGUCUCCGGGCAAAUGAGGCGAGGGGCGGCGCGUCGGCCCGCGAACGCUCGAAGAGUAGGAAGAAGGUUAUCGUGUCUUGAAAGUCUUCUGGCACCAUUUCUGCUGUUGCUUCUUUAAGUGGUUGAUUUGAUUGCUGUCAGUCAAGCAAUCCUCAAGUUCUUCCCUUGUUCUUUUCUCAUGAUGUCGUUGCACUUUUUUGAUGAGUUGUCUCUGCACACAGAUGUCAUUAACGUUCUCCUUGCUCUCUGCCUUCUUUUUUGGAGCUCAGUUAAUAAAAAGCUUCCUUAACUGC